CAUGCCUCUGACUUGUUUGAGGCAUAUUUGAGGUUAUAAAAACAUCUGGUGUAAACAUUGCAAUACACAAAUUAUUUUUCACUAUUUAUUACAGAAAAAUCUGUAUUUCCUAUUUAUUUUUAUACCUAUUGUAACAAUGAACGGGUUAGGUUUAAGAAUAAAUCGCGGCGGAGGUGGUAAAUCUAAGAAUUCAAUUGCAUUUUCCCCUAUUCAGAUCCCACAUUCGUUAUUUGAAAAUGCAGCUGAAUCAACUGAAGAAAUUCAGGCAUUUAUUAAGUCAACGUGUACAGACGACCAAUUAGCAAUAUUAAGAAAUAUAACAGAAGCAAGCAAACAAGGAUUUGAUAAUGUUGUAUUAAAGUUUUUGGUUUCUGUAUUUUUCCAUGCAGAGGCUAAACAUCCUAUAAAGUGUUUUAUAUCAAGGCACAUAAUUAAAAAUGGCAGCUUACAGCAACCGUUUUCCGAUGAGCUGGCUUCUCAAGUGUUGUCACAGAUAUCGGGGAGCCCAUCGAACUACAAUCAGUUUGUAGACACUGUGGGCAAGCUGAUGAUGAGCAUUGAGAACUUUCCCGCUGGUGUAGUGGCUCUACGGAGUGUGGAUGUAACUCUUGCGGAGUAUUUGAAACAUUGCUUGCAGUGCUGCGUUACUACGCUCAGAGAGCAGCACACGUUAUCACCAACAGAAAAGAACGAAAUAUUUAACUUAUGUCAUCUGACAUUGCGAUUACUUCUACAUAUCAUUCAGAAGAGUACAAAUGAUAGUUUAAGUAAAUUGAUCCUAAUGUUUAACGACAUAAGGUUGAAUAUUCAUAAUCUUAUGUAUGAUGAUGAUGUUCCCAUGGACACGAAGUCUGUGGGUGGGAUAUUGUACCUGACCAUGCAUGUUACGGAGAAAGGAAGUGACAGUUGGAUACAAGUACUAAACCCAACCAGUGAAUUGAGCAAGUUGAUGGAGUUAGAAGCAGCUCGGCUGAGUUUGUACUCUGCCGUGCCCACCGUGGUACUGUCAGACCAGCUCCUCACACGGAGAGUGGAUGAUGGAGUCGCUAUACUUGUACUUACUGACCGGAUACUCGAGAUUGGAGAGAGUUCUUCAGAGUCAGCCGUUAUCCUAGGCGCCACCCGUACUUUGGUGCAAAUCAGCAAGCUACUGUUGCAGUUACCCAACAGUCGUAAAAGUGGCGAUAAACAUGACACUGGCGAUAAACAUGACACUGGCGACGACCACGACACUGGCGACAACCACGACACUGGCGAUAAUAACGACACUGGCGACAACCACGACACUUGCGACAAACACGACAAUGACAACAAACGCGAUAAUGACGACAAACGCGAUGAUGUCGACAGUGGCGAUGAUAGUAUAGUGGGACUUUCCCUAGUAGAGUCUUUGCUUCGGUUCGCCUGGGGUCACCUGGAGCACUACAUGGACAGUGUCAGACAUCUCACCGCGCAGAUGUUAGGCGUCGUCGUCAAGUACUGCGCCUAUACGAAUGCGAAAGGCGACAGUUCAGCGCUGGACAAGUUGUCGAGUGCGCUGGCGUCGUUGGACCGGUCCCGCAAGAGUUACUACGUGUGCGCGGGGUGCGCGGCCGCCGAGCUGCGCGCGCGCCCGCUGCUGGCGCUGCUGCGGCCCGCGCGACUGGUUCGCGCCCUGCGGGACUCGGGGCUCAGGAACACGGCGAGCACAGCUCUAGAAGCGAUAUUAGAAAAGUUAUGCUCGGAGUGUAACACUGCACAAAUAAGCACAGAGUUAGUACAGCCGUGCCUGCUCGCUGCACGGACCAGUGAAGACGCCGGCGAGCUCGCCGUGUUGGAGAAACUACUCGUGAAGGCAUGCACCAAGCGGGAACAGUUGCUGCAGGACUUGCUAUCGUACAUCAAGUCAGCUAGUACAGAGGCAUCUGCGCAGGAACUAAAGUGUGUACUCAUGUUGGUGCGAGUGGCGCGCAGGCUGGGGGCCGCGGGCACCGAGCCCUGCCUGGCAAGGACCGACGAGCCCCGCGCGGCGGGCACCGAGCUCCUCGCGGCGGGCACCGAGCCCCGCGAGGCGGGCACCGAGCCCCGCGAGGCGGGCACCGAGCCCCGCACGUGGCGAGGCCUCAUCAGCUACGAUCUACUCAAGCGAGCCGCUGUAGACGCCGUGGAUGAGACUCGUAUCCUGUCCCUGUCGGUAGUGUCCCAGUCCCCGCGCAGUACAGAGCCCCUGCUGCAGGGCGAACUGCGCCACGUGCUGUACUUCCUGCGGUACAACUGUAACGUACAACAACCCAACUUCAGGCAACUCAUACUCUCCAAUAUGCACAAGUUCAUAAAACGUCUAGAAGAGAGCUACAAGGUACUAAGGCGCCAGAUGCACGUGGAAGGUAUGGCAGUGGAGGUGGGGAACUACUUACAGUUCGCGGAGGACCUGCGACGGCAAUGUUUCGCCAGUCUUGUACCGGGUGCCAACUACACUCGGCGCUUCGUGGCGCUACAAAUACUGGCGUGGUGUGAGCAGAUCACCUUGGAAGGAUAUCACAAGAGCUGGGAGGCAGAGUACGUAGAGAAACUCCUGCAACACCUGGAGGACAGCUAUGAGAACAACAAGGGAUUCGCUCUGGAAGUAUUGGCCAGCUGUCCAAUUGAACUACUCAAGAGGAAAGACUACUCUAUCAGCUUGGACUUAGAGGAUAUAAUCCGUCAAGCGUCGUCGCUGAAGCCGACGGACUGCGUGUCGGCUGCCUACAAACUGGAACUGUUGAGGACGCGACUACCUGACUCUAUAGUACACGGACAACACAGGCCCCUGACAGUCAUUCUCCAUUUAGGUGUAAAGUUCUCAUCACUACAAAUUUAUCAAGCCGAAACACCAGUACUAUAUCUAUGCGCCGCCGCCGCGCCCAUGUACGGGGUCCUGCACUGUCUCAGGGCUGUGCUGGGGAACGUGGACCCUGAGUCGAUCUCUCGGGACGAGAAAUGGACGGCGUUGAUAUCAGAAAUAAUAGAGACUUGUAUGGAGGUGAGCGCGGCCGUCGCCAGUGUAGUGAACAACUCGUCGCCCGAGGGACACCUGCCCAUGGACAUGACCGUGCAGAUCACUGACUAUGGCAACUCUGGUAACGUGACGCUGGAGGACGGCAGGCAGGUGACGGCGCAGAUGGUACUCCUGUGUGCCUGGCGCUCCGUCAAAGAGGUGUCGCUCCUACUGGGCGAGAUAUGCGCUCGGCUGAGUAUCCGCGAGGAGUCCGUGGCGGGCGCGGGGUCAGUGACCGCCGGCCAGGUCCGGGCCAUCGGGGAGCACUACACCGCGCUGCUGGGCCGCACGCAGCACCGCGGGGCCUUCGAGCAGGCCUACGUCGGGUUCACCAUGCUACUCGACAGGUACGACCUGACGCCCUGA